AGCUAAAACACUCCUAUCCCUGCGUAAACUGGAUUGAUUUUGAUUGUCACUUCCGUGCUCCGCUCCUGCCCCAUGUGAAAAACUCACCCACCAAAACAUUUAAAAGCUUACCCAUUAGAAGAACUCUAUAAGCACAGACGGAGUUAGACCAGAGGGGAAGAUCGCAGCAAACAGCUACAAGUUUCGCAAACUUCACGCACAGUGAGAGAGCGCUGAAAGAGUUAAGAAUGGUCAAGCUGUUUGCAUUGAGCGUCUUCUUCAAAGCUGCCAGCGAAGCGCGUAUACUCAAGACAGCAUCCGACUUGCAGUCCUUCUCGUUUUUCCAACGUGGCACCGUUAAUGAAUUCAUGACCUUCGCAUCGAAAACGAUUGUGGAACGUACACAGUCAGCGCUUAGGCAAUCUGUCAAGCAGGAUGCCUACAUGUGUCAUGUCUAUGUGCGCGCCGAUAACCUGGCGGGAGUGCUCAUUGCCGAUCAUGAGUAUCCGCACCGAGUUGCUCACACACUCAUUACAAAGAUACUCGAUGAUUUCACGGCGAAAGUGUCCGCCGACCAGUGGCCCAACGGUACGGAGGCCACUAUAUCGUUUGACCUACUGCCAGCUUUUUUGGCCAAAUAUCAGAAUCCCGUAGAGGCCGAUCCGCUCACAAAGAUGCAGAAUGAUUUGGACGAGACAACGAUAAUAUUAAAGAACACAAUUGAGGCUGUACUGGAGAGGGGCGAGAAGCUGGACGACAUGGUCAACAAAUCGGAAAAGUUGUCCAUACAGAGUAAGGCCUUCUACAAGACAGCGAAAAAGACAAAUUCGUGCUGCAGCUUCACCUAAGCUCUCCCACCCACACAUCUCAAUCAGGAAUACCAGAGAAGUAGGAGUCACUUAACAUAGCACAUCAACAAAAUCACAAACUAAAAUAAUACUGAAAAUUCAAGAGUUUCUAUGGUUUUUAUAAAAUAAUUAGUUAAUUUCAUAAAAGUAUAUAUGUACAUAUACAUAUGUACUUAUGUAUGUAUUUGUAUGUGUGUACUACUUACGGCUACUAUAUAUGAAUAUGAAACUGUCCUGGCAGUCUCUCCCUUUCUAAUAAACGUAUGUACAAUGUAUAAUCAA